AACGGCUCACCAGCAGCCCUCCCUCUCUCACUCCAAUCCAUUACAGAGGCUUUAGAGGUGAUACCGUCUUGGCAGCGCAGGAGAAAGAACCAUCCAGGACGCGGGAUAUUCUGACUGCAGUUUCCUAAAAAAAAAACAAACAAACAUGAAACAACAGUUAUUCGCCAUAGACUUAAUACUUUUGUGCAUAUCUUGCGGAGCAAGUGCACUGGCAACGAGUAUUCCUGCUGCGUCCACGUCCUUGCCAGCCGCCAAUUUCACCAAUUUGGUCGCAGCGCACAGCUAUGGAACAGACACCACAAGUCCCUCUAAAACCAGGAGGAAGCGUUAUAUUAGUCAGAACGACAUGCUUGCCAUUCUUGAUUACCAUAACAAAGUUAGAGGGAAGGUGUUUCCCCCAGCCUCCAACAUGGAAUACAUGGUGUGGGACGACACACUGGCAAAGACGGCCGAGGACUGGGCUCAUGCCUGCCUGUGGGAGCACGGGCCACCUCACCUCCUCCGGUUCCUGGGUCAGAACCUCUCUGUCAGGACAGGACGCUAUCGCUCCAUUCUUCAGCUGGUGAAGCCGUGGUAUGAUGAGGUAAAGGAUUAUUCCUUUCCCUACCCUCGUGACUGCAACCCUCGAUGCCCACUCAGAUGCUAUGGCCCCAUGUGUACCCAUUACACACAGAUGGUGUGGGCGACGUCUAACAAAGUGGGCUGUGCUGUACACACAUGCCACAAUAUGAACGUAUGGGGCUCGGUGUGGAAGAGGGCGACGUAUUUAGUUUGCAACUACUCACCUAAGGGUAACUGGAUCGGAGAGGCUCCCUACAAAGUGGGCGUCCCCUGCUCUGCCUGCCCUCCCAGCUACGGGGGCUCAUGCAGCAACAACAUGUGCUUCCCCGCUCUCAAGACGAACUACCUGCACUGGUUCAAAUAAACACAGGUUUCCUCUCACCAUAAGCUGACAACCUACAGUACCACAGAGACAUUACUUUAAUCCGGCUGAGGAUUUGCACAACAGUCGUGGACCACACUAUUUUGUAUAUAUGGGCUUAUUUAAAGAUGAAAAACACACAUUUUGAAGGCAGCAGGCGAUUCACCGUUGAUGACUUGUAAAUAAUCUGUAAAUUAAUUUGUAACAUUUUUACCAGAAUUGCUAUGACUGUUUUUAAUUGAUGAAAUAUAAUUUAUAUGUAAAAUGGGUCCUUAAACAGUGCAUACUGUAUGUGGUGCCGCGUACACUUUUUUUUUUUUUCUUUUUACCAUAUUAGUUUACUGUUGACAGUGUGGUAAUUAAGGACAUUGCCACCACCACCACAGCUCCUCAUACCCACUCACUUUGGUGCUACGGGCAUCACACCUUCAUGCUGUGUGCUCUGCCUUCACAGGAAUGCUGUGAUAUAAGGAUCAAAGCUUUUGACCUCAGAGGGAAAACCCUACACUGGCAGUCUCGGCUUCACAGUUGCUCUACAGCGGCGUACUUUAAAUAUACUUAAAGUAUAGCACAGUUUUCAUUGGUGUCCUGCAACAAGUUGGCAAAAAGCGUGCUGACAGAUACAUAAGUUAGACUCCAUCUGAAGGCCUGAUGUCAGCAUAGAUAACACCUCUGUUGUCAAAAAGUUUGUGCUAACAAUAACAAAGGUGCAUUGUCAGUUUUUAAUCUGCACUAAUUACCUUGAAUUUCACUACAGAUAUUUCAUCCUUUGGGGCAUUUCAUUCAUAUUUCACACAGUAACGGUGCUACAUUGAGCACAUACAAUAAAACUGAUCCACAUGUCUGUUCUGUAAUCAUACAUGUUAUAUUGGUAUAUUACAUACCAAUAUAUAUAUUGGUAUUGUUAUAUUGUGUUAUGAUCACUGAUUGGUCUUUGCAUUUAGGCACUCUAGUGCACCUUAAUUUUUUGUAAAUUUCCAAAAGAGCAGGAAAUGAUUAUUUUUUUGUAUGUGUAGAUAAUCAAUAUAUCUUGACUAUCUCUAAACAAGCAUACUGUAAGUUAUUCAUUUUUAUAUUGGGAAAAAUAUUUAAGUGAUAUUCAUUUUUUUGUAUUGUUUUGUAAAAGGAU